UUAUUUUCAGUUUCCGCACAAACUCUUACUCUAACGCAUGUUAAACUUUAUUUACGUAGGGCUCUGGAUAAAAAUACCAGAUAUAAAGUGCUAGAGAUGGACCCAAAGGGAAAUCUUUACCUUCACAAGACUGCGUUUCUCUGCAAGAAUGAUAUCAUCAAACGACUCGUUAGCGGCAAAUACCAUCUCGUAGAAUCGAGCCCCAUUGGUAAGUCACUCAAUGUUUCCCACAUAGGAAACCAGCAAAGGGCGUUAUAUGUAUUGUGAUGAGCCGUAUGCUUAAUGCUUCCAGAUUUGUACUGAAUUAACUUUUGAUUAGACUAGGAUUUCUCUAAGUAAUUUGUGACUAGUUCAUGUUUUUGUAACACCAAAGAUCUUACACUGAAUUCGAUGAAUUCGGAGAAUAAAGACUUUUCUUGAACUGCUAAAAUGUUCGAAAAGGAAAAGGAAUUCUGCAGUGCCAUUUCAAUUGUUUUCGUACUUGCUUUAACUUAAGCCACAUUUUUUCCUAAUAAUAACGGACAGGGACUGCUGGUACUGUCCUAACGAAAGAAAACUCAAUUUUAUUAAAAUGAACGUUUUUGUUGAAAACACAGGUCUGUCAAAAGAUUCUUCAGCACUCGAUUGCAACGAUCUCAAAACAAAAGUGCCUUCUGCCACGUCAGGCGUCUACUGGAUUGACCCGGAUGCUGGUUCCCAUAGCAACGCUUUCCAAGCCUAUUGCGACCAACAGACGGACGGCGGAGGUUGGACAUUGGUCUGGAGUUAUACCUUCACAACUUAUUCAAGCUUCACGUCUGGUGCAAACGCUGUCACUCCACGACCUACAUGGACAGCCAGCAAUGCUAACACACGAGUGUCCACCACAGUUCCACUGAGCGAGACACAUUAUGAAGCCAUGAACUUUGCUUUGUGGCGCACUAUUGGAAAAGAAUUCCUUAUCAAGAGUAACAUCAACAACUGGAUCGCUUGCAAGGAGGGGUUCUGGAAGCCUCGUGAUGCAGAAAUCGGGGUCCCUCAGCUGUAAACUGGCCAAACAAGUUUCAAAGCAGUGUGUCGGUGUAGUGCCAAAGUCCAUAACGAUGCACAGUCAUGGUCCUUAUCUCAGCAGUGCAAACACCUACUAUUACUUCGACGGUAGUACGGGUGGUAGUUGGCCCACACAUGAUCCAUGUGGCAGAAAUCAAGCGAAUCAAGUAAAAGGCGUAGUUAAUCCACAUGGCAAUAUUUUUGUAAAGUGAAAAAUUUCUCAAGCGCCUGCUGAAAAUUGGGGAGGAACCAAGAUAAAGUCAUUAAAUGCUAAUAAGCUCUCUAAGGAACUGUAAACAAAACUAGUAGCAAAAAGUUAAACUUAACAUACAACUGAAUACUAUACUACUGUUGUGUCGCAGCAGACGACAGCAGAACAUUGUGAAUGAAUAUCCAAUAAAUGUGGGUUGCUUACAUUGCAAAUGUUUCAUUUAUUUUGUUCAGCAUUAAAUUAGGUUUUAUUAACUAUCGUCAGUUAAAUCAUCUACUUUCUGUUGCUGAUAUUUCCUACCGUCAAAGAGUAAAACAAAGUUAAAUUAUUUCCCUUGACCGAAUUUUUCUCGUUAUACUUGAGUAAACAUUGAAGAUUUUUAGCGUUUUGGCAGAGUUUGUGCUUUGGGAGUUGUCUAUUGUUUCUAGUCUGUCAUUAUACAGCAUUCUUGUUCAGCACGCGUGCAAUGACCACGCUUGGCUGACUUCCGAAUGCUCAUCGAGAUAUAAUAAUUUAGUAUAAGAAAAUAGAAGGGAUUCCCGUCACGAGUUGGUUUAAUUAUUGGCUUGCAUUAAACCUAUGAAAAAAUGGUAUUUUUUUAAUAGUAAGUAGAUUUAGUGUGUAGCACUUCUUGAUUUUUUUGCAAAGGCACAAGAAGCACGAGAAUUAUCACGCGAUGGCCUGUCUCACUGUACCAAAAUUAUCAUAUCUCGGUGUGCAUUCGGAAGUCAGCCAAGCGCGGUCAUUGCACGCUUGCUGAACAAGAAUGCUGUAUCAUGACAGACUAGAAACAAUAGACAACUCCCAAAGCACAAACUCAGCCAAAACGCUAAAAAUCUUCAAUGUUUACUCAAGUUUUGGCUUAUAGAAGGUAAUGUCACAGUUUUUCAAUGACCAUGAAAUUCAGAGUCCGGGUAGUUAGUUAAUCAAUUGUGGCCCUGAAAAAAUUUGAACGAAAAAAAACUACGAAUUUUUAAGAAAAUGCUUUUUUCGUGAGAUUGACUCUUAAACGCUGACAAACGUCAACAAAUUGCGAAAACUACAAUUUCUAUAUGUUUGCUUUGCUCGAAAUCGCGCGCAUUUACAAGGCCCUAAAUUGUUUUGCAGACUUGCAAGGACCCAUCUGUUAUAAGGAUGCCCAAAAUACAGAGAUGAAUCUCAUAGUUUAUUAGAUAUAAUCCGUGUAAAGUUUGCUUAUCAUUUUCGUAUAAAUUAUGACCUAAAUUUGGAAACCGCUGAAUUUCUCGAAUUGGGUCUUUGCGAUUUUGGUGAGACUCUAUUUAGCGCAAGGCACUAAUGCGCACUAUGUGUAGCCGAGAGAUUUUCACGAAAAAAUGCCGGCAACAGCAGAUUUUCGACUCAGACCUCAAAGGGGCGUGGCAUUAUAACCACGUGACAUUUACUCCGAUCGCCAAAAAUUUUAUGUUAUAUUGUAGAUUGAUCUAUAUGUUAUCCAUUCUAUGUGUUAGACUUACGAUAAAAGUGAAGGUGGGGAUUCCAGAGAGCUUCAAAGUAGGAUGGUACCCCCCCAAAAAAACUGGGUCGAGUCACCUUAAGCCACAUUUUUUUCUAAUAAUAACGGAAAGGGACUGCCAGUACUGUCCUAACUAAAGAAAAUCAAUUUAAAUAAAAUGCUCGUUUUCGUUAUGAACGCAGGUCUGUCAAAAGAUUCUUCAGCGCUCAAUUGCAAGGAUCUCAAAACAAAAGUGCCUUCUGCCACUUCAGGCGUCUACUGGAUUGAUCCCGAUGCUGGUUCCCAUAGCAACGCAUUCCAGGCCUAUUGCGAUCAACAGACGGACAGAGGAGGUUGGACGUUGGUCUGGAGUUAUACCUUCACAACUUAUUCAAGCUUCACUUCUGGUGCAAACGCUGUCACUCCACGGCCUACAUGGACAGCCAGCAAUGCUAACACACGAGUGUCCAUCCACCACAGUUCCACUGAGCGAGACGCAUUAUGAAGCCAUGAACUUUGCUUUGUGGCGCACUAUUGGAAAAGAAUUCCUUAUCAAGAGUAACAUCAACAACUGGAUCGCUUGCAGGGAAGGUUCUGGCAGUUUCGUGUCACAGAAGACGGGGUCCCUCAGCUGUAAACUGGUCAAACGGGUUUCAAAGCAGUGUGCAGGUGUUAUGCCCAAGACCAUCACUAUGGACAGUCACGGUCCUCGACUUUCCAGCAGUAGCCUGUACUACUAUUUCGACGGAAAUACGAGUGGAAAUUGGCCCACGCAUGAUCCAUGUGGCAAAAAUCAAGCGAAUCAAGUAAAAGGUGUGGUUAAUCCUCAUGGCAAUAUUUUUGUUCGAUGA